AUGGCUGACUUCCUGGUAGAAGUAGCGGGGGAUCCAACCGAGGAGACACGCACACAGUGGAAGCUCCACGUGGACGGAGCCUCCAAUCAGACAUCCGGGGGUGCCGGGAUCAUCCUGGAAAGCCCAGCCGGGGUCGUAUACGAACAGUCGAUCAAGUUCGAAUUUCCCAUCUCGAACAACCAAGCAGAAUACGAAGCCCUUAUAGGGGGCUUAGCCCUAGCAACGGAAGUUGGAGCGACAAGGUUGGAAAUAUGCAGCGAUUCACAAGUCGUCACCUCCCAAGUAAAUGGGAGUUACCAAGCCAGAGACUCACUAUUACAAAAAUACUUGGAGAAAGUCAAGGAUUUGAGCCAGAAGUUUGAGGAGGUCACGAUCCACCACGUUCCAAGAGAAAGGAACACAUGGGCAGAUCUCCUAUCAAAAUUGGCUAGCACCAAACCGGGAGAAGGUAACUGA